AUGUGGCUCCCGCUGCCAUCAACCGACACGUUGACGCGGCCGCGCAUCGCCGUGGUCCUCUUCUCUGCUGUCGCCGCGGCAUCCCUGGGUUACUAUACCUAUCAGGCCAACAGAGAUCGGUACGAUGAGAUACCAGGCCCUGGCCUGCACCGAAGUAACGCCGUUCGCCGCAACCACCGACGAUCACGUCGCAAUUCAAUAUCUUCCGAAGGCUCCCACGGCGAUGAGAAUGUCGAUCUCGACGCGAUCCGGCCAUUAAACGAUGGCGAUACAAUAGUUGACGGCGGGACUGUGGACGAAUGGUGGAACGAUCCUAAUGGCAUGCAGCCCCAGGCGCGAGCCGGCCACAACAUUGUCAGCCUCCUGUUCAGGGUAUCUGAAGAUAAUGCUAGGCGAAAUGCGUGCGUCCAUAGGGGGUGCGCGUGUAACGCCUGCGGCAUGGUGCCCAUCCGCGGUGUCCGAUACCGAUGCGCCAACUGUGCCGACUUCGACCUCUGCGAAACCUGCGAAUCCCAAGGCGUCCACAUCAAGACUCACAUCUUCUACAAGAUCAAGGUGCCUGCCCCGCCCUUCGGCCCCCGCCAGAUGCAGCCCGUAUGGUACACCGGCGACCCGGACACUUGCAUUAGAAAUCUGUCUAGGAGCUUGAUGGCUAGACUCAGCAAGGAAACCGGCUUCGAGCGGCCCGAGAUUGAAGCAUUCUGGGAACAGUUCACUUACAUGGCAAACACGGAAUGGCGCGAGGAUCCCGACGAGCUGCAGCUGGCCAUGGACAAGAAGACUUUUGAACGGUGCCUAGUUCCGUCGGGCGGCUCUCGACACGCGACGCCGAACCUUAUUCAUGACCGCAUGUUCUCCUUUUACGACACGAACAAUGACGAUCUCAUUGGCUUCACUGAAUUCCUCCACGGACUCGCAUAUCGCAAACGCAAGGACAAGCUGCGCAAGAUCUUCGAAGGCUAUGAUAUUGACGGAGACGGGUUUGUUAACCGUCGCGACUUCCUGCGUAUGUUCCGUGCAUACUACGUCCUCUACAAGCAGAUGCACCGCGAUAUUCUCGAUGGGCUCGACGAUCAGCUUAUGGGCAGCACCGAAGCCCAGCAGCUCGUCGCCAGUCGACAACCCCUCAGUAGUCUCUUCGGUCGAGAGGGUAGAGUACCUCGCGCUGAUGGCAAUAACCGCAGUGAGGGCAAGAUCUUCCACCCAAACGGAGAUGUAGAAUUGGAACCUGGCAGGCGUGGUGUUGUGAGCGAGAAUAAGAGUGACACCUCAGGAAGAGAGGAUGUGCUUACUCGGCUGUUCGCUCCUUACGUUGGAAGUCCCUGGUCCGUCCAAAUGCGAUCCCCUGACAGCGAGCUCGAUACGCCAUACUGGGAUGCCCUGAUAAAUCCCCCUACUGCCAUCGAAGAUCUUGGUCCUUUGCUGACUGGACAACGUCGGGAACGAAACGGCAUCGAUUUUGACUUUGAGCUUGAGCUCGGCAGCUCGGAUGGUGACGAAGGAGGAAAUAACAAUUCGGAUGCGGAGAAUAGAAGCCUUCCAGGCGACGACUCAGCGCAAGUUAAUGGCACCGAGAACCGCAGCCAAAGAGUUGAUCCCGACCAGUUCACAAACACGAUGCCUACCGAGAGUCAGCUGAGGGCUCAGGUCAUUAACCAUAAGAGGCAGAUGGCCCCUGAUAUUGAGAGAAAACGACGGCAAGCUGCAAGAAAACAGCUCCAUGACAGAUGGAAGAGGAGACAAUUCUACCUCGACGAGGAAGAAGGCGGCCUUGCCCCCGAUGGCUGGCAAUCCGACGAAGACGUUUUGGUGAACCUCAAUGGCAUUGCAGGAAGCUCAAAGGCCGCACAAGAGCAGGCCUUAUCUCCGCGGUCCAGAUCGUCGUCAAAGGUUCGCUUCGCAGAAGAUAUGGACGACUACGAGAUCAGAUCCAACCCUUCGACAUCCUCUAGAAGCGUGCCCGAGCGUUGGGGCGGCUUGGAGAUUCCCGACGAGGAGCGUGACGCAGGCAGGGAGAUUCUCUACCAGGUUACGCAGCAAGCCUUCAACGAGCUUCUCGACGCCAUAUUCAAGGACAAGGAGAACUUGGCUGUCAAGGCAGCCGCGACCAAGGCCAAGCGGGACAAGAACAGGUCUCUUUUUGAACACCUGACUGUCGCAGAGCCGAAGCGCAAGGCGGUCGAGCCGCGGCAACCGAGAAAGGCGCUCGAUGAGGACAAGCCCGUUGCUGAAAGAUCGCUGCAAGAACUUCUGAUGACUAGCGGUUACAGAAUUGGGGAGGAUGGCGAAACGGCAGACGUCCCCAUCUCGGAAGAGCGGCAGAGGGUGGAAGAGGUCAUUGACUCGGAUGAGGAUGAUGUUGAGAUAAAUGAGGACGAUGAUGAAGACGUCUCUACGGUCGAGGAGGUCGAAUACAGGGACCCUACGAUGCCCCAGUUCCGUCCGAACAGUGAGACUAUAGAAGAGCCCAUCUCUCCUGAUAGCACUCCGGCCAUUUCGGACGACUCCUCGUUAUCGACUAAGGGAUUGAAGUCGCCCGUGCAGGGAAAGUCGUCGAAGCAUUCGAAGGAGUCGAAAACCAUCCCGCACUUUACGCUGCUGGAAUGGAAGCGGCUCGACCUGGCGGAGAAGGAAGCUGCCGAUCGCGGCGGCUGGGGCAAGCUCAGCUUUGAUGAGUUUGAGGAUAUUUACAAGAGCCAGGAAAACGCCGGAAAUCGUCUGGACUAUCUGGGCAGCUGGGUCGACUUUUGCAUCCCCUAG